AUGACCUUGCAGAUGAGCGUGUGGGACGACGGAGGAUUGGAUCCGGAUGUCUUCUACGGUGAAGUGCUGGUGGUCUGCCAGGAUGCUGACGUCACAGGAGAGGUCACCUUGACCUUGUCACUUCAGGAACAUGAUCCUACCAGUGGUCCCAUGCCGACACCCUCGCCAAAAUAUUUGCUGGUGAAAAGUCGUAGAAGGAAUAACAACAGCGCUGGAACUGGAAGCAGUAGUGGCGCGGCUGUUGCGACUGGUGACGCAGCUACAGCCACUUCAAGUAAAGACAGCGAGAAUGUUUUGCACGGCAAGAAGCUGGAGGAAUCAAGUUCUGCUGAAAAGGAAGUUCCGCCUGCAGCUUCAACGAGCAAGAUAGGAAAGAUAACAAGGAGGGUGUCCGAGUUUGCUUCAAAGAUGAGGCUGGACAUCUCUUCAGCUAACACUGGACAGUUGCAUCGCAAAUCUCCGAACGUAAAAAGAAAAAGCAUCUUCAAGAUGAUGACCAGGAGACGAAUGAGCCUGCCUCCUGAGACCAACAAAGCGAGAAGCAGCAGCGUGCCGGGCAGAUCAAAAUAA